AGCAAGUAUUGCAACAUCCUUUGAAAAGUACACACGCACACAUGGCCAAAGAUGGCCGUCUUCCACGACGAGGUUGAGAUCGAAGACUUUGAAUACGACGAGGAAUCUGAGACUUACUUCUACCCAUGCCCGUGUGGAGAUCAGUUUGAAAUCACCAAGGCUGAGUUGGAAAAUGGAGAGGAUGUGGCCCGGUGCCCAAGCUGUUCCCUUAUUGUGAGAGUCGUCUAUGACCAGGAAGAUUUCAUGGUUUCUGAAGAAGUUACUGCACCAGCCCCAGUCAUGGAGAGAGCUUAGCUAGCAACUAGAAAAACAGUAACAUUACCAGAAAUGUUGUGGUGAUACCCAGUACCAUUCAAAAGGAACAUUGAUGAAAGUUACAUCUCUUGCUUAAGUGCAACAGUCUCCAUCUUGGGAAGACAAGCAGAGGCCAGGACUGUUCCUUACAUGAACUUGGAGGACAAAUAUUUUUUUUUUUACCAACUGUUUUGUGUCUCUCAGAUCAUAAGAGGAUACCCAACCCCUAAGGCCACACAAAGGGACUUUUUCUCACUGUUCAGAAUUUUACCAUUUUUCAAUACCAGGAUGUCAUAUGUGAGCCCCAUUCAAAGUCAGCAUUCUUACUCUGACAAAUGCAGAAUUAGCAAAAAAAUUGUGAACCACAAGUCACAAGAUCAAUUACCAGGAUCAAAGACAGCACUCCAGGAAAAUAGUUAUCAAGGAUUUUUCAUGACAAUUAGGGCAGCUCAUUUUAAAGUACAAAAUAUAACUAUCAUAGUUGAUAUCUGAAUAAAAUGUACAUUAUAAACACUU